AACUGUCAAUGUCGCUGCUUCUGGUCUCUAUGGGUGGGAAAUAACGCGGGAUCCUCCUCUACUCACCGCCUGGUGCCUCUCCGCCUCACAGGGGCUGGCAGACAAAGCCCAGUGCCACGGGCCGCUUCACCGAUUCGCCAUUGAGAACCGGCCAUGUCAGGGUCUUUUUCUGAAGGGGUGAAUGUCGUCCAGGUAGCAGAAUAACAGAUGGUUUCAUUGAAGACCGUCCAUACGCAACUGCUCGGUCCGGAUGCAGAAGGAGGCAGCCUCCUUUCUCUGACCCUUGAGGGCGCGUCGCUGUAGUACGGGAAGCCGGAGUACUCGUGUCCCCCUUGCCAGGCAUAGCCGAGGCGUGCUAGGAGUGGGCACCGUUCUAGAGAUGGGCGUUGGUAGGAACCCGUCAUCUAAAGCAAUGGAAUCCACAAACUCUACAGAUGGGAAGUAUGAGGAGGAAUCCAAACACCCGGCCUUCUUCGCCCUGCCGGUGGUGAUAAACGGAGGAGCUGCGUCGAGCGCGGAUCAAGAUAAUGAAGACACUGAACUCAUGGCCAUCUAUACCACGGAAAGCGGCAUUGCGGAAAAGAGCUCUUUGGCGGAGACUUUGGAUAGCAUUGGAAGCUUUGACCGGCAGAUGAUGGAUAUGAUCUAUACAGUGGAGGAUGUGCCCCCGUGGUAUCUGUGCAUCUUUUUGGGGUUACAGCAUUACCUGACAUGUUUCAGUGGGACAGUGGCCGUCCCAUUCCUACUAGCAGAAGCCAUGUGCGUUGGUUUUGACCAGUGGGCCACCAGUCAACUUAUUGGGACCAUUUUCUUCUGCGUUGGAAUCACUACUUUGCUUCAGACAACUUUUGGGUGCAGGUUACCCUUGUUCCAGGCGAGUGCGUUUGCAUUCUUAGCGCCAGCCCGUGCCAUUCUAUCCCUUGAGAAGUGGAAAUGUAACGCUACAGAUGUAUCUAUGUCCAAUGGAACGGAGCUGCUACACACAGAAGACAUCUGGUACCCGAGAAUACGAGAGAUACAAGGUGCCAUCAUUAUGUCAUCAUUGAUUGAAGUGGUCAUUGGCUUCCUUGGGCUCCCCGGAGCCUUACUGAGGUAUAUCGGACCACUUACCAUCACCCCUACUGUGUCCCUCAUCGGGCUGUCCGGAUUCCAGGCGGCGGGGGAGAGAGCCGGCAAGCACUGGGGCAUUGCUAUGCUCACCAUUUUCCUGGUCCUGUUGUUCUCCCAGUACGCCAGGAACGUCAAGCUGCCCCUUCCGAUCUAUAAAUCCAAAAAGGGGUGGACGGCCUACAAGUUCCAGCUUUUUAAAAUGUUUCCGAUUAUUAUGGCCAUCAUUGUUUCCUGGCUCCUCUGCUUCAUCUUUACGGUAACGGAUGUUUUCCCGCCAGACAGUACCAAGUAUGGGUUUUAUGCGCGCACAGAUGCCAGACAUGGGGUCUUAACCGUUGCUCCUUGGUUUAAAGUGCCCUACCCAUUUCAGUGGGGUCUCCCCACGGUGUCUGCGGCCGGUGUUAUCGGGAUGCUGAGCGCCGUGGUGGCCAGUAUCAUUGAAUCUAUCGGAGAUUACUAUGCCUGCGCGCGCCUGUCUUGUGCACCCCCUCCUCCCAUCCACGCUAUCAACAGGGGAAUUUUCAUUGAAGGCCUCUCUUGUGUGCUGGAUGGAGUUUUUGGUACCGGGAACGGCUCCACGUCAUCUAGUCCCAACAUCGGUGUGCUGGGCAUAACCAAGGUUGCCAGUCGUAGAGUUAUCCAGUAUGGUGCUGCAUUUAUGAUCCUCCUGGGCAUGAUUGGAAAAUUCAGUGCCCUGUUUGCCUCCCUGCCUGAUCCUGUCCUUGGGGCCUUGUUUUGUACUCUUUUUGGUAUGAUCACCGCAGUGGGUUUGUCCAAUCUUCAGUUUGUGGAUCUGAACUCUUCUCGAAACCUUUUUGUCUUGGGAUUCUCCAUUUUCUUUGGCCUUGUGCUUCCAAGUUAUUUAAAGGAGAACCCGCUUGUUACAGGCAUUGCAGAGAUUGAUCAAGUGCUAAAUGUACUUUUGACAACAGCCAUGUUUGUGGGGGGCUGCGUUGCUUUUAUUUUGGACAACACUAUACCUGGAACACCAGAGGAAAGAGGUAUCCGUAAAUGGAAACGCGGGUUAAGCAAAGGGGGCUCUGGCAUCGAGGGGAUGGAGUCCUAUGACCUACCGUUUGGCAUGAACUUUCUCCGGAAAUACAAAUGUUUCAGCUACCUUCCCAUCAGUCCCACGUUUGCUGGGUACCAGUGGAAAGCUCUCCGGAGGAAUAGCAAGAGCCGGAGAACAGAAGAGGAACCAGAGCCCGCUGUAUAACGCUGGCCCCCCGCCACUGCCGUUCAUAUCUCGUCGUAAAGUAACCUGUUGUUGCAGUCUUUUGAAGAGUUUACCAAGCCUUGAACCCGAUGUGGGUUUUCUUUUUGUUUAUUUUUGUUUCUGUAUAUUUGAAUAUCACAAUUCCAAGGCUGAGACCAAGGGGUGCGUUUAUGGACUUCAUGAACCCUCUCACCUCCUUUUUUAUAUUGUGCCGCAAAUGCAGUAAUUUAAUCAACUUGUUUUUUUGUCUCCCCUGCCUAAAUGAUCUCAUUUUUUGGCUGUCUGAACCCAUCCGCACUCCUUAUUUCCUGCUUUUUUAGGUUUG